AUGGCUCCUCAAACACCAGCUCAGAGAGCGGCUAACGAAAAGUACGCACGCCGGGAAUUGGCUAAGAAAGGAAAGCGCGUAGCACCAACAUACAAGUCCAAGUUGGAUAAAAAGCCAGCACGCAAGAUCCCCUUUGGGUACAUCGCUUUCUUCUUAUUUUUGAUUCUUGGUACUGUGUUUGUUGAAGCUAUUAUUGGUCGAGCAUGA